AAUCAGCCUAAACCAAAUGUUAGCACAGGAAGUGGUAUCUGUAUGUUUAUAACAUGCAUUCUGCUUUUAUCAGCCAACACAUACAUUUUGACCAGGAGUGGAUGAACAGUACAGUGGAGCAAUGCAGCUCAACAGAGCUCUCGUCUUCCUUUGUCUGGUGAUUGUAGUGGUCUCAGGUGCACAGAGGGACCACAGGGUAACCUGCUAUCUCGAUGUUUUAACACCUCGCACAAAUAAUGGUCUGUGCACUCACAUUGUUGUCCCUUCGGCCUGGACCAACGAAGGGUUCGACAUCCAAAGCUUGUCGGAGUGUGAGUCUUAUACUUUUGAGAUGAUGAAGAGGAGGAGAAACCCAACCCAAAAGAAGAUUCUGCUUGGAUUGGAGGUCGACGAACCAAGAUUGGCGUUGAUGUUCAGUAAUGAGAACAGCGUUGAGAACUUCAUUCACACUUCAGUGAGAUACUUGAAGGAGAAACGUUUUGAUGGCCUGGACUUGACUUGGGUGAACGGUCCCAUUUCUGAUGAAUCUAGGAACAACUACACGAGUUUUCUGGAGAAACUACGAGGGGCGUUUGAGGAGGAAGCACGUUCAUCUAGUGAUCCGACUCUGCUACUUUCUGUGUCCCUGUGUCUUUGUGGAUUUGAUAUGCAGGAACUUUCAAAGGUUGUGGACUUCAUAUCCGUUCUGCCUGUUCAGCUGGAAAAAGAUGGAGUGAACAUUAACAGAACAGUCCAACAAUGGCAAGAUCAGCAGGUUGACUUAAAAAAGCUUAAUCUAGCCAUGCCUGCUUUUCUGCAAAGAUCACAUAGAAAGCAUCACCACAAGAGCUCUACCAGCAAUGAUGAAACAGAUCCAGAUGAAGGAAAGAAAUAUCACAUCCGCGCCAUGGGCUUAAACUUGGCCAAUCAGGUCUGUCAGGCAGUAAAGAGCAGAGAGCAGUUCAUGACCCUAACAACUAUUUCAUAUGAAGCAAGUCUUGUCGAGCAGGUGUCAUGGUUGCUCCAGAAGGGGUUUGGUGGUGUAGCAGUUGUCUUCAUAGAUAUGGAUGUCUUCUGUAACUCUGUAUGCGAAGGCAUCACUGAGGAUGAAAUGGUGAUGGUUGAAUUAAAGAAGAUUGCGCACCCUGAACGUAGAGGUGAUAUAGCUGCUGAUCCCCACUUUUGCCAUAGUCACGGACAUGACCAUCAGCAUGAGAAUCAUUCCCAAGAAAGCCAUGAUAUCGGAGACCCUCAUAGACAUCGCCAUCAUCAUCGUCGUCAUGGUCACCAUGGUCAUCAUCGACGUGGCCAUCAUCACCAUCAUCAUCAUCAUCAUCACCCCCAUCAAUCUCCUCAAUACAAUACGUCCACGGAGCAACAGCCGGGAUUAGAGUGACCUCUAAAUCGCAUAAUAUUUACUUAUCAUACAUCUUUCACAUUUUAGAAAUGAUUUGUUAUGGGCUGAUAUUGAGCUUGGCUUAUAAAAUGGAUUAUGAUGGAAAUAAGGGUAAAUCAUAUUCAGUCAUCAAAUUAAUUUUGCACAAAAAAAAAUCUUUAGAGUACAACUAAGAUGAAUUUUUUCUUGAUAAUUUACAUUGCAUUUACAUUUAUUUAGCUCAGUGGUUCCCAAACAGAGUGCGGCCCCCCUUGUGUACGGUGCAUUCCUUCGCGGCCCCCCAAAGAAAAUUUGUGACAAAAAACUGUUAUAAAACUUAACAUUUUAAUGUAAAAAAAAAUUAAAUUAUACAAAAAAGUAGUGCUUUUGGCUAGUAGCCAAUUUUUUUAGGUUUAAUUACACAGAAUUCAUGAUAAAUUAAUGUAUUUCAUAAAAUGUCAUAAAACUGGGGCCCCCCUGGCAACAUCUCGCGGCCCCCAGUUUGAAAACCACUGAUUAGCUUACGCUUUUAUCCAGUGUGAUCCUAUACUCAAUAUUUUUUUCAGUGAAAUAUGAACUUGGUAAUCCUAUUUGUUUUAUGAAAAUUAACUCAUAAUCAUUUUCUUAUCAUUUCUGAGAAGCUCACACUAUAAACAUAUUUUGUGUGCAUUAUUUACAACGCUUGUGUGUCAAUGAAGCAUUAUUAAAUAAAUAUGUAGCCCAAACGUC